GCGCGGGCCCAGUCAUCCCUUGGAAAGCUGCUGCUGCCGGGUCUGGAUGGAGCGUGCCGCCGCCGCCGCCGCCACCUCCUCCUCCUCGUCGUGAGCGCGCGCGCGCAAGUGCGCGCGCAGUCCCGGUACCUGCUCGCUCCCUUCGGCGGUGGCGGCGGCGUCUGUGCCUCCUGCCUCCCUUGCCUCCUUCACGCCGGCCGGCCGGCUUCCUCUCCCUCCCCUUCCAGGCCCGCGCUUCGCUCCAGGCCGUGGGAGCGGCGCAGGAGACUCCCCGUCCCGCCCCGAGGCGGCUCCGGCAGCAGGAGAAUUCUGUUCUGGAAUCUGUGAAGGCUGGCUUUUUAGGACCCCACAUCUAGGAUCUAGCUUGGCUGUUUCAUAAGGAAGGAUUUGUUCAGGCUAGCUCAAGAUGGGGGACCAGAGGCAACGUUCAUUGUCUACCUCUGGGGAAUCGUUGUAUCAUGUCCUGGGUCUGGACAAGAAUGCCACCUCAGAUGAUAUUAAAAAGUCAUACAGGAAACUUGCAUUAAAAUAUCACCCUGAUAAGAACCCAGAUAAUCCAGAAGCUGCAGAUAAAUUUAAAGAGAUCAACAAUGCACAUGCAAUAUUGACAGAUGCCACAAAACGAAAUAUCUAUGAUAAGUAUGGCUCCUUGGGUCUGUAUGUAGCAGAGCAGUUUGGAGAGGAGAACGUGAACACGUACUUUGUGCUAUCCAGCUGGUGGGCAAAGGCGCUGUUUGUGUUCUGUGGGCUCAUCACAGGCUGCUACUGCUGCUGCUGUCUCUGCUGUUGCUGUAACUGUUGCUGUGGAAAGUGUAAACCAAAACCCCCUGAAGGUGAAGAGCAGGAAUACUAUGUCUCCCCUGAAGACUUGGAGGCACAGCUACAGUCAGAUGAGAGGGAGACCUCCGAUACACCUAUUGUGAUACAGCCAGCCUCAGCCACAGAGACAACCCAGCUCACGGCAGACUCCCACCCCAGCUACCACACCGAUGGAUUUAACUAAGUUAAGGAAGCACUGUUAACUAGAAUGGAUAAGAAUAAAUAAUAUGGCCAAUCCAGCACUAGAAUCAUGGACAUUAGAAAUAGAGUACGGGGAGGGGAGACGUCCUGCCACAAUAAGAGGGCAGCCUCCAACCUGCUGAGAAUAUUUUGUAAUCCCUUCGCCUUUUGUCACCUUCAGUGUCGUAUCUUGAUGAUACAUGGAAGUACUGUAGCAUGCAGUAUUUAAAGCAGUUUAGCUUCCGUCUUCUUUGUUUCCUUUUUAAAAAAAGAAAAUAGCAUGUGUGGAGUUUACGUUAUAAAUGUCUUUGUGUUGUGAUGUAUUGAGGAGUUAUCACGACGAGUGUGAUGGAUACAUUCUGCAUUUUAAGCAGUGGUACCAGCCAAAAACAAUGAGCGUUUUUCAAAGAGAAGUUAAAUCUGCCACAGAAGCCACCAAUACCCUUCCAUACAGCUGAGCUACGAGCAUCACUUGAAGGCUGCUGCUCAUCAUCAGCUUGAGAGCAGCUAAGAUUCCAACCUUUACCCUCCUGUUCCUUUGCUCCCAACAUCUGUUUCAAGACUUAACCAGAAAAAUGCUGAUGUUGCGAGGAAGGGUUUGUGUUUGGGGUGGUUGUCUUUUUUUUAAUGCUGGUUUUUGGAAAUCUCCCCCACAUGUCUGUGUUUUCUUCUCCAGAUGGUAAUCUGACAGUCAGCUGCUUUAUAGUUAAGACAUUCUUGUGCAGGAGAGGGCCAAACUCUGGGUUUUGCUAUGAAGGCGGACGUAACUUGAAUUCUCUCUCUCUGCUUUUUAAAAUUUAAGUGCACAUUAUUCUUGUUUGCAUUGAAUCAUUCCCCUGCACUAUUUAUAAUCAGAUAUUGCCAUUUUUGUUUUUUACUUGUGCAUAGAAAACUGAAAUUGAUGUAUGUUCUCGUCUGGCUUGAAUGAAGUCUAAGCAAAUAAAUAGUCAAGAGCAAGUUUUAGAUUCCUGUUUGAAUAUUCAGAAAUGCUUUAUUUUGACACUUUCACAAGCACCUUUUUUGGGCGGGGGGAGAACCCAAGGGCCACUCUACACAUUAUAUAUUCUAGGUGUACAGCUAAGAUUAUAUUUUAAAUGGAGCUAACACUUGCCAGGGAACUGGAAUUGGUCAGGGCUCCCUGUAGAGUGUGGCAAGCUUGGGUUUGCUGUUGUGCUGUCACAGGAAAUGCCCCUAGGCUGGCUGUGAUUCAGCAGGCAGAGCGCCAAGCAUGGAGCUGAGAUGCUCAAAUGCUGAAUCUUUUGUUGCAUUUGGGCAGCUGACAGGUUUGUGAGUUUCUGACUCUGUUCUCCUUUUGUAGAGUGGGAGCAGUAAGUCAUAGCUGCUCUAACCACUGUGCGGUGCUUUAUAUCCCUGAAGUAUUGCACAGUUGAUUAGCUAGCCUUGCAAAAUGACUGUCAAAGAACCAGCCACUUGUGUGUCCUUGUUUUUCCUGUAUCUAUCUAGUGAAGUGUUUUUGCACAUGCUCCCUUUUAGUCAUGUACCUUUCAGUAGAGUUCUUGCUCUUUCCCCCUAACGGUAAAUUUAUAGCAUAUACCCUGGGAAGAUUUCCUGACUCUUCUAUUUGGUUUGUUCAGGGGUGGGUGGGUGGGGAAAAGAAUUUGUGAAUAGAAAUUGUGUAAGUGUGAAUACAGUGGGCAUUAUGAGGCUUCCUUGGAUUUUGCCUAGGUAACAUUUACACUCUGCAUCCCAUGCUAUUGUUUGGUCACUUCUAAUGUCAAAUCUGCUAGUAAAAGCAUCACCUGGUGUACUUGAGCUUUUGAGGAGCUACUACUUCCAUCUUAAUUUUGGAACACAGAACAUCCUUCCCUCCACCCUUCCUCUCUGCUUGUCCCCUUUGUAUCUGUCCGUCUUCUGUGAACAACUUUUGCUCUUGAGUGGAAGUAGCUGAGUUCCUUUCAUUCUACAUUCCUUUGGGGAUGAUUCUCUGUGGCCCCUCCUCCAGAGACUGGUGUGGUUUCUCUUAAGUACUCCAUUUAUUUUAUCCACCCAGCAUGAAAUGGAAGAACUUAAAACAUAUGCUUUGGAAUCUUUUGGACCAAAACUGUCUCUCAGAAGCAAGCUAGCUCUUUCAUUCUUCUCCCAUCUUCCCGGUCUUUUAUAUUUACACUAUUGCAUGGGCAUCCAAUUAGGGGAGGAACAAGGGCAAUUCCCAAUAUUUGAAUGAUGGGAAUGGUCACUCUGAUACCGCAUUAUCAAUUCUUAGCUAAACAUGCUGGACAGCACAGGUAGCUUAAUAUAUUUUCCACUUGCAUGAAUCAAAGUUAACAUCUUCAAAACUUUCACCUGGCCAAAGGCAAAAACAAGCACAUCCUGCAAGGGCAGCACCCCUCGCUAGAGCUAACUUAACUUCCCUCACACCGGGGAAAAAGAAUUUGGCCUUACGGCCUCAACCGUGUCCUGUGUGUAAUCUGCAGUAGGGAGGAUGGCUUUAUAAUAGAGCAGAGUUCACUGUGUAAGAAUUAGGAAUGAUCUCAGCUGUAUGCCUCCUGCCAGGCUUGAUUUUACGUGCCUCAAGUUGCCCAUGUGAGGCUGGUUUCAUGGCCAAACAGCCCUUGGACUCCGGAGUAAAGCAUCUAGCUAAAAAUUAGGACCAUGAUGGAUGUAAAAUCCUAUUUUCUUUUAUAGCAUCCAUCACUGGUCUUCUGUUAUGGCUUCAUUUCCAAACUGCUUUGUUCCCAGGCAUGACAAACUGCUUUUGAAAUCUCUAGCAUAGUGAAUUAGCUUAGAAAAUGGCUGCGUGUAAUACAUCUUCAAGGCAAUUCAAUUUCACCUUUCCUUCUCAAUCUUGCUCUCCUGAUUUCCAAGUAUGAGUUUGCAUUUGUUUAAAUCAGCAAGUUAAUCAUUUAGCAUUGAGUAAUGAUUUCAUAAUUGUCCCUGUAGUUUUGUUGGGUAAAGAUGCAGUGAGGCUUCUGUAUACAACAUUGGAAACCUUAUUCUUCUGUUCUGUACUCCAGAUCCUACUGAACUGCAGCAUAUGCACCUUUUGGGCAGUGGUGGAGUUCUUCUGGAGAAACAACAUGGAAGUAAAGGGCUAAAUGCCCCCUACCAGCAGCAGUUGGCCCUGAUGAACCGGUGGGGUGCCAGGCAAGGUGUAGCUGCCUCCGGUUCCUAGCAGUCCUGGUUGCUCCUCUUUCUCCCAUCCUGCCCUGCCCCAGUGUUAAUGAGAGCCACACUGCCUGCAGGUUGGCCAUUCAUCAGGUAGAGCUGUGUGGGCUAAGCUCUCCCCCCCCCCCCCCGCUCUACCUGAUAAAUGUUGUGCCUGUAGACCAUUCAGCUCUUGUUAACAAGGGCAGAACAGGAUGGGAGAAACAGGUGCAGUUGGUCAGCUGUGCCUCGUUUGGGCCCCCUGGCUCAUUAGGGGGAGGGGAGCUGAUGCUGCCCCCUACCUCCAUGCAACAGUUCUGGUUCAAACUGAGUCCCUCCACAGCUUCUAAAGUGAAAAUAAGCCCCAAACUGAACAGUGACAGGUUCUAAAAUCCUGUCUAGUUUGCCUCUCAGCAAUUUGCAAGAAUCAAGUUCAAGAUGGAAUUUUCCCUUUGGCCACUUGAGCUUUAUAUUACUUUAAAAGCCUAUAGUUUGUUGCCAGAAGCCUUGCAGCAAGUUGUCCCUCAAUCCUUGUUUUUGGAAAAAACCGGUUGGUUUUACGGACUUGAGUACUGUAUAAUUUUUUUUGAUGGGCACGAAUAAUGUACAAAACCUUCUCAAGCUCGGAAGCCAUCUUUUUACCAUGUAUCAUGGCCAAACCCAAUCCUAGCUCUGGCUCUUUAGCAAAAUCCAGUUUCUAGGGACUUGAAUUUGUGAGCUGCAGAGCUCUCGUCUGCUCCCCAGCCAUCAAAAUUAAGGUGGGUGGUUUUUUCCCCACUUGGAGGAUAAAACAAGAGCUAGUGAGAAUCAAGGGAAGGGCAUUAAAAAUACGAAAUGAACUCUUAAAUAGUUCACUCAUACUUGAUUACAUGCAGAACCUUAAUGCCAACAUAAAUGAAACCUUGAAACUUGGUGUCGUGGUUCCAUGCUUAAAUGUGUUGCCAGCGCAUUCCGCUAGUGUGCUUUGUGUCUUGCCUUUGAGUUGAAAUGUUAGAUUUCCCAAGCUAGCUCUUAAAUUGCCUCUAGGGAGCCUGCUCUCUCUAACCUCUGCUCAUACUGCCCAACCUUCAGACCACUCUUGCUAGGGAGAAUCCAUACAACUUCUCAUGGUAUAAAGAAUUUUGAGGACUGUUGUUUUCAUAAUUGCCUUGGAGGUGGGAUUUGGGGGUAAUACCACCUGAGGAACAUUCUGGGAGUUUUCUUGAUGGACCGUUGACUUUUCUCCCACCCCCUGCUUUGCUUUAAAUCAUAUCCUCGGGACUACAUCUGGGAAGCUGCUACUUUAUCACUGAUUUGCCCCACCCCUGAGGGGCCCCCUUAUCUCUGAAAAUGUGGCAUGGAAGUACAGAUUUAGAUGGAACUGCCAAAUAAAAAGUACAUCUUUUUCAGAUCUCGCAACUGGCAGGAUCAUACUAUAUUUCCAGACACUGGAGAUGCCUCAUAUAAGCACUACUGUGCUAGGAAACCAUCACUUGGGAACUGGCCUCAUUCGUUAUUCCAGCUGAGUUCCAAAUUCCCCCUGCAGCAGCUGCUGUUGAAAUAAUUCCUCUUCUUCCUCAGAUGUAAAAUACUUUUCCUGCUCUCCCUCCCACCCACCUACCCAAGAAGUAGUUUGGUGUAGCAAAUAAGAACAUGGGCUUACCUUGUAGUGCGCUAAGGGGCAUUGUGCCUAUGAACAUUUAUUAAAUUUCUUGGGUGACCUAUGUAAGAACCUGUUGUAUUUGAUCUCUGUGUGUGUUGCAACAUUUGUGUGUAGAUUUCUGCCAUUGGAUGUUUUCAAGACCUAUGUUCCCAUCAGUCUUGUUUUUAAACACUUAAGUUAUACACUAACAUGUAAAAGACUUCUCCCCCCCACCCCCCACCCCCCAAAAAAAACCAUUCUAGGGAAAUAUUUUCCACACAAUCCUAGCUAGGAGAGGUUCAGCCAUGCAGUCUGGUGGUGGUAGAGCAGCUGCAUGAGAUGAGCAUCUCUUGUGACUUGUCUCCUGUAGUGCAUAAAUAGAACUGGGGGCCUAGUUUCUGCUUCUGUCAUAAGGGCUGCUUCGUACUACUUGCAACAAUCAUAUUUGCUGUGAAUAAUAUACCAAUAUUCCUUGCAGCAAACUUGUGAAGUAUAAAAUGGCAGGUGUGUAUCCUUAAACACCCUUGGACGCACCUUGGGGAGGCAUGGCUCAAGUAGGAAUCUUAUAAAAAGGUGGAGGAAGCUGCAAAUCCUGGAGGGAAGUAGUAGUCCCUGAGAUGGUUGUGGUUGUGUAUGGGGCUGGAGUGAAUCAACGGCAGUCUCUGAAACAGCCAGUUUGCCAAUAGUUGUGAUGGAUGUGGUGAAGUGUGUGUGUGUGUUUGCCUCCAAGCCGCUGCUGAAGGCCGUCUUUAUGAUGGUUUGAGCCUUGGUGUGUUGCAUGGGGAAUCAUGAGAUGUGUGGGUUGCUGCUGUUCCUCUCUUGGGGUCUCUGCCAGAAAAGGGCAAGAAAGUAGCCAAGACGUCAAAGUCUGAAAUACGCUGUGUCCAUCUCCUGGGAGGCUGAGAGGAGGACAGGAGCCUGCUGUACAUUUAGAGCAGGCAGAUGUCGGAGGAAGGCUUGCCAGGUUGUUACAGGGAGAUGCCCUUUAAGCUUGCAUGCAUUUCCACAGUCUUGCCCUUUUUUUUGCUUAGCAUGCAGGAACAAUUGGCCUGCCUCCCUAGAGCAUGCUCAGCAUGGAACCAUGAUGUUUAAGCAGACAGACACAUGCUGAUUCCUUAAAGAUUCAGAACUAGGCCUAGUAGGAGAACCCCCUUAGAUGAAGAGUACAAUAUUUCUUCCCCUUCCUGGAAUUUUUGUCUUACCUGUGUUCUGUUCUGCACAAUGCCAUUGUCUAAUGUUUAGUUCUGAAAUACACACAACAGCUUUUUAUAUGCUGGAAGCAGUCAGAACAAUGUUUUAACUGUCUAGUGCAGAUCAUGCUGCUUCUUUUUUCCCUAGUUUUCAUGUUGGAGAUAAUCUAUCUGUAUGUCUGUGAGUUGUAGGUCCAUGGUGUGUUUGUAAAUCCAGAAAUUUGCCAAGCAGCAGAAGCUUUCGAUGUUGCAUUUUUCCUUGAUGGGUGUGCACAUCUGUGUGUGCGCGUUGCACUGUUCUGCUGCCAUUAUUCCAAUUCAUUCCUACAUCACCGACACCACCUGCCCCUGCUUUUAUUGGGGAAAGAUUUUUUUUUUUUUUAAAGUAGCUAUUGAUAAAUUUAAGCAGUCUCUCCUUGCAUAAGAGCAAGAAGUUGGGAUGAACUGAAGCAUGGUCAGUCAAUGCUGCUCUUUCCCCCAGCUUCUGUUAGUUUCAUUGAAGGUUGCAAGUCCAGUUGAAAUGUUCCAAGGCUCCAUAACAGUUGGUGGAUUUCACCAUUGACUUACUGUUGAUCUUCACUAGAUUAUUGUGGCCUCUUCUGAAGUCUGUGCGACUUGAGGAUGUAACAAGAGUCCUGUUUUGCACUUGUACUUGCAGGGUGGGAGAAAGGCAAAUCCUAAUGUGUUAAAAAAUGUUAGUUGUAAAAACAAUCAAAGUAUAAAUGCAUUUGAAAAGCAAUGAUAUAAAUAUAUAUAUACAUAGAAUAUAUAUAUAUAUAUUUUGUUAUGUUAGUAAAGGAUCAUCCUUUAAAUUGUAUGUAAGUAGCUGUGGCUGUCUGAACUUUGUGGACUGUAACACUCGCAAGUACUGAGCUCCUGUACAUACCUGCGGUUCAAGCAAAAGGAAUUAUUUCAUAUUUUAGCAUGGUGAUUUAUGUAUUGUAUGUCUCUGAAUAGGAACUUAAAAAAAAUAAAGACUGCUAAAUUAUCAGAAA